AUGACACUGAGAUAUAUGCUUAGAACUAUCCAUCAUUUCAAUUCAAUUAAACCUCUCCCUCAAGAAUGUGAUUUAAAUAGGAUUGCAAAUAUUAUUAAUUCAUUGCAUUACGAAAUGUUAUUAUUCCGAACAAUAGCUGUAAUUGCUUUAACAAACUGUAUAACAGUAUUAAGCAAUAUCAUACAUACUACUACUACCAAAAAAUUUGAUAUUAAUACUGAUAAUGAAAGAAUAUCGAUGGAUCAAAUGAAAAAUAUUCGGCAAUCAUUUUUAAUUGGUGGUAAACAUGAUGUGGAAGAAAUUGAUAAUACAAAAUAUAAG